AUAUUUAAGUUGACGUUUUUUUUAAUUUAUUUUUUAACCAAGAAUUUAAAAGAAUUUAAGUGAAGUGUAAUUGUCCCCUAAAAAUAGAAUCCCCCUCGAAGAUCUGGACGAUUUUAUUUUCAGUAACUCAAGUAAGGAAAUUCCAUUAACAUAAAAUCUAUGAUGCAAUGGAAGUUUUAGACGAGAGAAAGAAGACUUCGCUCUCUAGAAAUAAGCGAAGAUCAAAAGUGAGGCUCUUUCUGGUUAUCAUUUUCGUGGCAGUUUUAGUACUCGCCGUUUUCACCAAAAUUUUUCUUAUCGACAAAAGAAAUUUGCAGAAUGAUUAUAAAUCGUUUCGAAAGAGAAUUGGUGCCCCAUUGGAUGAAACACUUCCUAUUUUACUCGCUGGACAUCACAAUGAACAGGAAUUACCUCCAUAUCCGGUUAAUUUAACUCCGUCGGAAGGUAGUUGGCAAACUGUGAAUGGAACUAGUUACAAGUUCUUCGUGUAUUCGGCGUAUUACGAUGACCGCAAAAAAGAAAGAUUGGUUAGGAUUAUUGCAGCGACAAAAACGAAGGGAGCAAUGGGGGUGUGGUGCCGAUUGUGGUUUAAGACUCAGGAGGGUUUUAUUUCAAAAACUGUUGCCUCAAAACUCAAGGUAAUUCGUGAAAAUUGGAAUUUAAAAUAUAGCGCGUGUUUCCUUUUGUGCCCUUUAGGUGGCGAUCAUGAAAUCCCAUCAGAUGUUUCGGUUGUAUCAAGAAUUUGGAACUCACCGUCAAACCUUUUAGUGGUUAUGAAUAAUCGUUAUGAUACCCAUCGAGAGGCAAAAUCGGGGGUUACGAUGAAUGUGUGUGUUAAACCCCUUCAUUUCGAGUAUAACAAAGUGAUUGCGAUCUUGGAAUUUAUUGAAUUGCAUCGAAUCCUCGGAGCAGGACAUUUCACCUUUUAUAACCACACGAUUGGACCGCAAGUUGCGUGUGUUUUACAACAUUACUUAACUGAGGGGGUUGUCACUUUGCUCCCGUGGGACCUAAAUAUACCCUCUCGUAAGGAAAUUAGAACAGAGGGGAUUUUUGCAGCCCUCAAUGAUUGCCUGUAUCGGUCUAUGUACCGAUUUUCUUAUGUAAUUAUGAUCGAUUUGGACGAGUUUAUCGUUCCGACGCGCCACGAUACGAUUCCGCAAUUUUUAGAGUGUUUUGGUAAAAAAAUUAACUUGGAAUCAACUGGGUCGUAUUCGUUUCAAAAUGGAUUUUUCUUUUUGCAAUGGAAAGACGAUACUAGCCUUCAUAACGAAGAUAUAAUCGCUUCUUCUUUGUUAACGUUGAAGAAAACUCGGAGAAAAAUUAAAUUAAAUCCGCACAAACAGCGUUCAAAGUAUAUUUGUCGACCAGAAUUGGUUGUCGAAACCGGAAAUCAUUUUAUUUGGGAAUUUUUACCUGGUCAUAACACCUUUAACGUCCCCUCAGACGCUGCGAUUUUACAUCAUUACAGGGUGUGCGAGUUUGGGGGUGAUGAUUGCGUAGAAACCGGUUUCGUUGUUGAUCGAACAACUUUUAAGUACGCAGAUCGGUUAAUAAAAUCGGUUCGGGGUUUAUAUGAUCGUUACGUAAAUUCGGAAUGUAGUUAUUUUUGAUAAUAAAUAAUUUUAUUUGAGGUUAUGUUGAAAUUUUUGACACAAUUCGUGUUAUUUAGAGUGGUCUAUGCAUUCUCUAUUAAAAUCUAGUUAGAAUAUACUUUGACAUAUUUACAAAGGU